GGGGUCCAUCAGGACAAGGAAAAGCAGCCAAAGAAACCACCCCUAUCAGCUAUCGAUCAUGCUCAAGAUUUUUCCAAUUCCACCAACAAAAAGUUCGAUAGCUUCUCAGAGAAGGGAAGACUUCAAUAAAGACCCUCCCAAAUGAACGGAGAGAGAUGGGAGCUGUGAUAAACCCGCAGGAUUUGCCGGUUGGAUACAGAUUCCAUCCAACUGGCGAGGAAUUCGUGAAUCAUUACUUGAAGAGGCGAGUCCUAGGAUACGUAGACCAUCCCUGCAUAAUUCCCGAUGUCGACAUCUGCGGGUGCGAUCCUUGGGAAUUACCGGAGAAGUUUCAUGGUGAAUCAAUCAUUGGCCUGGAUGACCAAGUUCAGGAGUGGUGUUUCUUCAGUCCGCAUGCACCCCAACAGGUUACAAGAUCGACACCCUCUGGCUAUUGGAAGAAGACAGGUAUCGACCGGAAGGUCAAGGCCAGAGAUACCAACAGAGAAAUCGGUAGUAAGAAAACACUAGUAUUCCACACAGGCCGAGGCAAGAAGGGCGUCAAGACCAACUGGGUCAUCCAUGAGUAUCAUCUACUCACCAAUGAUUUAAAUAGAACUUAUGUUCUGUGUCGCUUAAAGCAUAAACGAGAUGAGAAGGCUGAUAAUUCACCCAUAGAAACAGAGCGUGGAGCCAUUACCCUGGCAGAUUUUGAAUUGGAUUCUGAUCGCGAGGACUCAUUUCCUGAGCCUUUGGUCCAAGCACAGAUGAAGUCACUGAUGGAGUCCUUAUUUCAGCCCGAGAACCGAGUUGAAUUUAAUUCGGCUGACCUCCUGCGGCUGCUUCAGCCUGCGCUAGGAUCACAGAAUAAUAGCUUCCCCUCCAACAUAAAUCAGCAUACAAAUGUUGAGAGUCCAUCUGUUAUGGACAUAUCAUUGGACAAUGGUCUUACUGAUGAAUCUAUUCAAUUAACGUUUGGAACAAGUGAAGAGGAUGAAGAUGUUGGAGACAUGCAAAUUGCAGAUCUUGAUUAUGCCGACUUCCUCGAUGGAUACAUCGAAACAGAGUAUGGCCAAACAUCUAACUCGCAUAAUGAACAUCCUGUUCUAAUGGAGAAUCGGCGAGCACGAACAACCGACUCAGUCCACGGUUUUGUUCCUUUCGAGGAAAAGAAAGGCACGGUGGAGAAUAAGUUCAACGGCUCACCUGUCGCCUCUGAGAAACCUAUGCCGCGUCCUGUACCUAUGGCGCCUCACAGACCUAGGGCACCUCCCGUACGACCGGCAAGUGUAAAAGGCUAUGGCAAAGAUGAAGAGCUGAGGUUCAAAAAGGUUAAGCAGGAAUAUGCGGCCAUAAAAAUCAAAUCAGAACGCAUAUCUCUGGAUGAAACAGCAGCCAGAGCAAAGGCACUAGGAUACAAAGAGCGCGUUUCAGCCAGUGGUUCACCCAAGAAGGCAAACAGCAAGGAGAUUGAAAAUGCCAGAGAGAAAUCAAAUUCAGUAACUGCGUCAUCUUCUGGAGCACCCACCAGGAGCACAAAAAGUUCCAUAGAUCCUCCACUGCCCAAUCUUGUGAACGUGCUCGUCGGGAUUUUCCUGUUUCUUGCCAUCACUUGCCAAGUACUUAAUUUCUGAUUUUCACUGCUAUUUUUCCCCGAGUCCGACGCAGCAUGAUUGACAAGUACAGUUGUAAAAGAGGGUUUUAUAUGCCGUGUCACAAUUCAUGUGCAUGUAGCUCGUCUUCUUUCUGAUGCUAAUGCUUUGCACUUCUUUUUGCUUUGGCGGAAUUAGAAGAUCUACCUGGAUGUGCAACGGCUCUGAAAUUUUACUUUCUUCUUUCUCUGCUGUAUAAUGCGAAGAAUCAAAAAGUUGCCACAGUGUAUGUUUCCUUUAAAAGUCAGCUUGCAUUCCA